AUGCCAUCCUCCCCAGCCCUCAUCGACAUACCCGCCCACAUCCUACAUGCCGAAUUGCUCCGCAGGCAAGAAGAGACAGAUGAGCGGCCAAAGUGCGAGACAAAAGGCGGCAAGGGGCAGUACAACACGACGCUGCAUGUCUUUGCCCUGCUGCUCAUCCUCACCCUGAGCACAGCGGCUUGUUCCUUCCCAAUCAUCGUCAAGCGCUUUCCCUCGAUCCCCGUGCCCCACCAGUUCCUCUUCAUCUCACGACACUUUGGCACCGGCGUACUUAUAGCCACCGCUUUCGUCCAUCUCCUCCCCACUGCCUUCGAGUCUCUCACACACCCAUGUCUUCCUCACUUCUGGAACAAGCGCUAUCCCGCCAUGCCGGGCCUCGUGGCUAUGACGGCUGUCUUCGUGGUUGUGAGCAUUGAAAUGUUCUUUGCGGCACGUGGAGCGGGACAUGUGCAUUCGACGGGCUACGAGAACCUCGGUCUCGACUCCUCUCAGAAUAGCGCCCGUCCAGCCCACAAGAGGAGCCAUAGCUACGGCAUGUACAGCAACGGCAUGCCAGGGGCGAGUGGCCUUGCACCAGGCAUUGUACUCCAUGACGUCGAGUCCUCGACCAACUUGAUGGCCGGACGAUCACCCUCCGUUUCAGCUGCAUCGCCCAUGACCCCUACCAUGCCCAUUGAUGCACGGAAUCGAAAGUCCAUGAACAAUGGCGAUGACGAUGACGAUGAUUCCGAUCUGGAAAUUACUAGAGAGGAACUAGCCCAUCAGGAUGCUGAAGAUUCAGAAGAUGAAUCCCGCCUGCUGCCAGGUCCUCAUACCCAUCAGCAGCACAGCCAUGGCCGCGGCGAGUCGUCCGAAACUCCAGAAAAGUCAGAUGCCCAAAACAAGAAGCUCCUGCUUCAAUGCCUGCUGCUUGAAGCUGGCAUCCUUUUUCACUCCGUCUUCAUAGGCAUGGCCCUUUCAGUGGCAACCGGCACUGCUUUCAUUGUACUUCUCACCGCCAUAUCCUUUCACCAGACUUUUGAAGGAUUUGCACUCGGUGCGAGAAUCAGUGCUAUCCGCUUCCCAGCUGGAUCACCGAAGCCCUGGCUUAUGGCAAUGGCCUAUGGCACAACGACCCCUAUCGGCCAAGCCAUAGGACUGGCGAUCCACACCCUGUAUGAUCCUGCAAGUCAAGCUGGCUUACUAACUGUAGGCUUCAUGAACGCCAUAUCAAGUGGCCUGCUUCUAUUCGCCGGCCUGGUCGAGCUUCUUGCCGAAGACUUUCUCAGUGACGAGAGUUACGUCACCCUGCGUGGCAAGCGGCGACUACAGGCGUGCGCCAGCGUUUUGGGAGGCGCGUAUCUAAUGGCACUUGUCGGUGCAUGGGCAUAA